GUAUGUAGCACAUUUGGAUUACAAGAUGCAGAAGCAGCAGAAGGCUGCCCGAAGGGCACAGAAAGCAGCUGCCUUCGGAGCCCUGGUGGAGCGGCUUUGUGCACCGAAGUCUGCAGCUGCAGCCGACGCGCGCUUGAAAGCCUUGGUCCCAUCGCACAACACCCCUCUUCCAAUUCUGGGCGAGCAUCAUGUCUACCCAGCUCGCUUCUACAUGAAGGAUCUCAAGACGGAGGGUGCCGGUCGAGUGUGCAUCCAUGGGGAUGCCCUGAUCAUGCAGUGGGCAGAGCGUGGCCAGGUUUUGAGAAGAGCAGCCAUCCUGACCAAUGCAACUGCGACGAUAGCCACAUUCAUGGUCUCAGUUCGAGGGGCCAAUGGACUUGCCAUGGUCCGUCUUUGGAUGAACGAUGCCGAUGAGGCGGAAGAGAUUGCAAAGGCUAUUGAGGAGACUGCAAAAGGAUCUGCUCAUCUGCUCAACCUUAAGACCCGGCCGACUGCCUCCACGAUGAGGCGACAGAUGGGUGCAGCUGCUGCGGCACUCUUUGGUGCUGUCCUUCAGGCGCCCCAGUCAUGCCGUACAGCCAUCUACCGAAGCCUCAACUGCUCUACCAGCGAGAAGCUGCCGAGUAAGAAGACCGGGCGCAUUGAGAAUGGCUCCUUUUGCUUGGAUGGCAAGUGCCACGUUCUGUUCCACAAGGCUGCAGCUGCCCGAGCCUGCCAUGCCACGCUCCGCGAAGACAUGUUGUGGUUCGGAGAGAGAGCGAGCGUGAGCGACCAGGUUCUCAGCAUGAUCGGUGCAAAAGCUGCAGCCUUCGAAGACAUGGUGGUCAUCUAUGCGCCCAAUGGAGAUGUCCACAGGCUCUGGCCUGAUGCGUCAGCCAGCACUCCGGAAGAGUGGUGCAAGGCAAUCCAGGCGGCAGGCGAGCAGUCCGCCCACCUGAGCAAGUGGGAGGCCAUGCUGAAGGCAGAGAAGUUCGAAGCUUUCGCAAAGGCUGAGGUGCGCCGCUUAGCUCGGCGACGGCGCUUCAGGAAUCUGGGGGAGCGCUUGAUCUACUUCCCUGCAAAGAUCACCGGUCUUGUUCAUUGGGAGCAGCGGAGUGCCAUGGAGGUGCUGAUGGACUGGCAACAGAUGUCGAAUCAGCGCAGCGAGAAGACCCGUACCAUGUCCGGUCUUGCUGGAAAGGUCCAGAAAGCCCGUUUCUUCCGCCGCGCGGAUUCUCGUAAAGCGCCAGUUGAGAGGACUCUCGAAAUCAAAGGCGACACGCUGUUUGUGUUCGAGGAGGAUGGCACGAUGGAGAAGCCAAUCCUCCUAGCAGGUGCCACCAUCUAUGUGAAUCAGGCAAUCGUCUCGGCUUGGCGUGAUGGCGUGUUACAGGCGCGUAUGUUCCUACCCGGGGACAGCCAAGCCGAACGCUGGGGUGCAGAAUUGGAGGAGGCCUCAAAGCUGCUGACCGACGGGCCUUCUCGUGCAUCAAAGUCAGCCAGCGUGACAGCAAGCAAGCUGGUGGCUGCGCCUGAAGUGCCCGGCAUGCCAGCCGCGCCCGCAUCACCCAUGAAGGUCGUUGCUCCUCCCCGGCUGCCUCCACAGGAUCACGAGUCAGCGCAGAAGCUGCAGAAAACUCGCUCAAGGAGGUUCUCCUUUGAAGACCUGCCCUCCGAGAAAGAUGCGACGCAGGCUGGCGCGGUGCCUGAAGCUGCGGUUGGCGCAUAG